CGAAUAUAAAUACGAAACUCGGGGCUAAAAGUCACCAGUAGAAGAAGCGACGGUACGUUGAGCCGGUCGCGAGUACACGGACGCGGGUCACCGGCUUUUUAGUGCGCGAUUCGGAAAGUUUACGAACGCUGACGCAACGACCACUCGAAUAACAAAUAGGAAGAGUAUAAAUAGUGCACCGGAGCUGUCGAAUUCAGUUUCAUACGCUGUCAAGAAAGAAGGCCUGAAAAAUGUACAUGGUCGAGGAGUACGUGAACGCCUGCAAGUUUCAGUACCGAGAUGCGCUCGAAGUGAUCGAGGAAUUCGGCAAAGAGAUCUCAGAGAUGAAGGGCAAGUGCAUAGACAUCGGCUGCGGUCCCGGUAACGUCACCAAAACGCUGCUGUUGCCGAAACUAGCACCGGAAGUUCAAGUAGUCGGGGCGGACAUAUCGAAACCAAUGGUCGAAUACGCAAGGAAGAAGUGCAGCGAGGAGAAACGUUUGUCCUUCAUAUGUUUAAACGCCGAGACCGAAGAUCUUCCUAACGAGUUAGUCGAGCAGUUCGACAACGUCUUCUCCUUCUUCUGCCUCCACUGGUGCGUGAAUCCAUGGCGAACGUUCAACAACAUCUGGAGGAUGCUCCGACCCGGUGGCACCGCGCUGACGAUGUUCCUGGCGCGCAACGACGGCUUCGACGUUUACAUGAGCCUGUACGAGAAUCCACGGUACCGGCCGUACAUGCAGGAUGUAGACUGUUUCGUCCCUUACUAUCACAGAUGCAAAGACCAACGGUCUUCCCUGAGGAGAAUAUUGGAACACACCGGGUUCGAGGUUCUGCACUGCAGCAAGAGGGAGAGGAGCUACAUCUUCCAGAACGAGCAGUCGCUGAUCAAUCACCAGCUGGCGGUGAACCCGUUCAUCAACAGAUUUCCAGAGGAGCUUCGCGAGGAGUUCUUGGAAGAUCUAACGCAGGGACUGCUGAGGCGGAAGAUUCUGUUCCGCCGCGACACCGACUGCGACCAAAGGGGGUACAGGAUCUUGGACGUGUACGACAUUCUCGUGGCGCACGUUAGGAAACCCCUGGAAGAAGCCUGCCACGAGGACCGUUAGGAGUGUUACGUGUUCGCUGAAACGUGCAACGUUGUUACCGUAUUAUUACCAUAAUUCUACUGUUAAUAAAAAAAACCAUGGAAAAUUUA